AUGUCGACACACAAUUUCAAGAACACUCAGAUCGAGCGCAUUGUUUCAAGUCUAAGAGCAGUCAAGGAGCACGAAGGAGAAGGUCGCAUCCUUCACGAUUCUUACACCAAAAAAAGAUACCGCGAACGCCGCCAUAUGUUCCUCAGCAAACAUCCCGACUUCAAAGAUGAUCUGAAGCGUCUCUCAAUUGUCGCACGCGAAGCCGAUCAAGUCUUUCACGAGCAAGCUGACGAGCUUUCGGUGGAGCAAGUCCGCCGCCGCGAGCUAGCGUGCGAGUUUGCAAUCCUACUUAAAUAUCCAACUUCCACCAACACAGACACGCUCGACGACUUCAGGAGCUACGGUACCAAGGAAUGGACUGCAGAAACUGGACAUCCUAUACCCGCACCUUUCACACCAUCACCACCGUCAUCGCCAAGAACAUUCGUUAAAGAGCCAAGCGUUGAGGACCUCGUCAUUCCCGAGCAGAAUCUCAUCCUCACUUCUGAAGCCCGCCAAUUCUUCUCAGGCGCGCGCAUUUCAGAAUCAAGUGCGGGUCGGACUACCAGACAAGCCCCACAAACAGUUUUCGCCGGUGCAGAUCCAGAAUAUUCCGGACAGCAAACAGCAACAAACACAUCAUCGCAGCAUCCAUUCAACAACAUAUUCACUCGCAACGCGACACUCCCCAUGUCGACCGCAAUGGAUGUCCCACGAAUCGCCCUGAAUGCUCCCGAAAAUCGAGAAACAUUGCGGAAAAUCAUCAGUGAUCUUGGAAAGACAGGAUUGUUGCCCUCCGAUGCGCCUUUGCAGUACCAGAUCCUAGCGCGGAAACAACAGCAGACUCCACAACAGCAGACUCCACAACAGCAGACUCCAGAACACCAGCAGCAAAACCGCCCACAGAUGCAAGUCAGCGCUGUCAAAGGCCGCGGUCUCACGACUCCCGUCAAGUUUCAAUCAAAUGCCGGCAAGAAGCGCACUGCGCCCGUGGACCUCGACGAAGCGGAUCCCGAGCCUGAUUCUUCCGAAGAAGUCCAGGCCACCACUCAGGAACCCGCCAAGCGUGGCCAACCUGCCGUGAAGAAGGCGAAAGUCACCGUCACCGUCACAGCAGGAGAGGACGCAGAGGUUCCUGCCCAAGAAGCUCGUCGUCCUGCCGAGAAGCAACCUCGAAACUUUUCACAAGCAGUUGAGGCUGCGGGUCCAGAGCUCCCUACCAAGCAACCUCGUCGUCAUGUCACAAAGCAACCUCGAGAAGUUCCAGCCACCAUUCCAGCAGCUCCCAAGCCCGCCAUUAAGAUCAAGCCCCAAGCUGCGCAGAACACCUCUUCAGUGGCAUCCACCGCGUCUGACAUGAUUGCCACAAGAGGUAGCCGCGCACGCCCCACCUCAGGCGGCAAAGCUCCACCCGAGCAAUCCGGCAGCGGAACUCCAGCAGAAGUCCCCAGACGCGCAAGCCACCCAGCAACCGUCUCCGGCGCGCGCAUUGCCAGAACCAAGACCGAAGCAUCAGAAGCCGCCACCGAGCGUYAACAGGCUCUCUAUACCGAGCUCAUCAGCAGAAAGCCUAACGCUCGCCACCCAGAUCUCGGACCCGAGUUCUUCAACAUCAACAACUUCACAGCCGACGAGCAGGAUCCUGACGGUGGUCCCGUUCGCUGUGUCUGUGGCGUCACUACCGAUGAUGGCAAGUACGCCGGCGAUUGGAUCGGCUGCGAUAAGGGGGAGUGCCACGUCUGGCAGCAUGUCGAGUGCAUGGGCGAUGCUGUCCCGCCCGCGGCCAAGCGCGAGACGAGCAAGUACCUGUGUCAGCAGUGUGAUCCAUGGGCCCAUCGCAAGUUGAUUGCGAAGUUGAGACGCGAGAACCCGAUUCCUGGAGUGGCUGGCGGCUGA